AUGGGGAAACUAAUCAUUAAAGGCGCUUUUUGGUGGAAUGACUUAGAGAAAAAAAACAUACAAUUCCAAACAAAUCACAUUCUUUUCUAUCAAAAUUCUCAAGAAAAAAACAUAAUUUCCAACAAAUCACAGUUGUUGAAGCAAUCCUUAUCUGAAACUUUAACUCGUUUUUAUCCACUUGCGGGUAAAGUUAAAGAUAGAUUUUCCAUUGAUUGUGAUGAUGAAGGUAUAUGUUAUACAGAAGCUAAAUCUAACAUUCCUUUAUGUCAAUAUCUCAGUCAACCUGACUUAAUGUCACUCAACAAAUUGAUGCCAAAAGUAACUCGUGAGUAUGAACUUCCUUCUGGAUCUCCUGUUGCUUUGAUUCAAGAAACCGCCUUCUCUUGUGGUGGUUUUACCAUUGGAAUAUAUGUUUCUCACAUGGUUUGCGAUGGAACUAGUUUGUUUCUCUUUCUAAAAGAUUGGGCUGCUGCAACUUGCGGAUCAGCAACCCAACACCCAUUUCUGGAUGGAGAAUCCAUUUUUCCACAAUAUGAUGCAUUUCCAAGAGAGGCGAGUCCUAUGUCUAUGCUUGUCCCUUUUAGUAAAAAGGGCAAGCAUAUUGUAAAGAGGAUUGUGUUUAAGGAAUCCGCCAUUGACAAUCUUAAAGCAGAAGCAAGUUUAAACAAUAGUAAUAAUCCUACGCGUGUUGAAGUGGUUACUACAUUUCUUAGCAAAUUCCUUAUGCGUGCUUUCAAAAACGAAACUGGUAUUGAUAAACCAGUUGCAGUAACCCAUCCUCUGAAUAUCAGACGGAAAGUGGAGCCACCAUUACCAGAAUGUUCGGUUGGGAACUUUAUAAAGCUUGUUGGUACAGUAUUCUCGACGAAGGAGGGAGAAUUAAGUGAAUUAGUGAAUCAACUAAGAGAAGCAAUGAAAAAAUGGGAUAAAGAUUUUCUGGAGAAGAUAAAAAAUCGGGAAGAUGGAUUCUUCAAGUAUUGUGACGCAAUGAAAGAGAUGGGGGAUUUGCUUACUAGUCCAGUAUUUGCUAAUGGAGUGGAGUUUGUUACAUUUAGCAGUUGGUGUAACUUUGGUACAUAUGAUAUUGAUUUUGGUUGGGGAAAACCAAUAUGGGCAACCUGUAUGGUGCCAUUUGCGGAAGAUUCAGAUAUGGGCCGUUUCAGUACUGUUAUUUUGAUGGAUACAAGAGAAGAUAAAGGAGUAGAAGCGUGGGUAUUUCUAAACAAAGCUGCCUUUAAUUUUAUGGAGAAAGAUACAGAGCUUCUUCAAUAUGUUUCCAUUGAUCCAUCUCCAGUUUAUAGUUAACUCCAAUCCAUUACAGUACUUUGCACUUUAUCGAACAUCAGCCAGUGUUUUGUCUUGAACAAUCUUCUUCUGCGUUUCACCAUAGCACGAUGCCGUUUUACCGGCUAAUAGAAGAUGACCUUCCUAUCUUGGAGAAAGACACACAGCUUGUUCAAUAUGCUUCCAUCGAUCCAUCUCCGAUUUAUUAUUAAUUAAGUAAUUAAGUGUUGGUCUUUUCAUAUAUUUGUUUUUCUUUGGAGAA